AUGAAUCUGUCAUUCGCUGGCUGCGGCUUCCUCGGCAUCUAUCACGUCGGCGUGGCGGUUUGCUUCAAAAAGUACGCGCCGCACUUGCUGCUGAAUAAGAUAAGCGGUGCGUCCGCGGGCGCUAUCGCCGCGUGCUGCUUGCUCUGCGAUUUGCCCCUGGGCGAAAUAACGAGCAACGUAUUACGCGUGGCACGUGAAGCACGACAACGCACGCUUGGACCGUUCAGCCCGUCCUUUAAUGUACAAGAAAUAUUGCUGGGUAGUUUACGCAAAUUUUUACCAGAUGAUGCACAUAUCCGUGUUAAUGGAAAAUUACACAUAUCUCUAACUAGAGUAUAUGACGGCAAGAAUGUGAUCGUCUCCCAAUUUAAUUCAAAGGAAGAUUUGUUGCAGGCUCUGUUAGCCACUUCGUUUGUGCCGUUGUUUUCUGGUUUGCUGCCACCACGAUUUCACGGCAUCAGAUACAUGGACGGCGGUUUCAGCGACAAUCUUCCUACGCUCGAUGAAAAUACUAUUACCGUUAGUCCGUUUUGUGGGGAAAGCGAUAUCUGCCCGAGAGACAUUUCAUCGCAACUUUUUCACGUAAAUCUCGCCAAUACAAGCAUAGAACUUUCCAGGCAAAAUAUAUAUAGAUUCACGAAAAUACUCUUUCCCCCUAAAACGGAGAUUCUAUCGAGUAUGUGUAAGCAAGGAUUUGAUGAUGCGUUACGAUUUCUACAUCGUAAUAAUUUGCUAAAUUGCACAAGGUGUCUCGCGGUUCAGUCGACAUACAUAGUUCAGGAAACAAUCGACGAUUGUAUGGAAUAUGAUCCGGAAUGUUUGGAAUGUAAAAUGCAUAGACAGGAAGCAUUAGUAGCUAAUAUGCCUGAAACUGUGAUGACAAUAUUCCAAGAUGCUAUAGAUUCUGCUAACAAGGGACUUGUUAACUGGCUCUUUAAGCAUCGUAGCAUGAAACUGCUAUCGUUGUUGAGUUUGCCUUGCACGCUACCAGCAGAUGUAAUGUACGCUACAAUCACAAAUUUGAUUGGUAACAAGAUAGAAACUCGUACCUUGGAAUACAAAAUAGUCGGAAAUGUUCUGCAUAUCCCACAACAGGCACUUACUUGCAAUAGACAUUUAACACACUCUCGAUUCAUUACGAGUGUUCCAAAACUACGACAUAACUUGGUGGAAUUAAGUAAAUUUUUCUUAGAGCAGUUGAGUAUAAUGUUCCCGCAGCUCAAUACCUAUACUGAGCCAUUACCUCAAACAAUUAAAUGUUGUUUUAACAUUAUGGAAUAUGACUCCAAUCCAUAUGAUGUGCAGACUAUCGAAGAGACAGAUGCUAUGUAUAAAAAGCAAAAGAAUUUGAACUUGACUCUCCAGUACAAUGAUUGUGGACAAUCAUGGAAUGACUCAAGGAAAUCGAGUUGUGUGAUAGAUAUGGGCGACUUUACAUCAGCGAAUGAUACUUUCGAAAAUAUUCUCCAAGCAACUUCGGAUCAAGAAGCUGUAAUAGCGUAUUAUUAUAUGGACGAUAACAAUAAAGUGCAAGUGACAGAAAUCUUUGACGUAACGGAAUCAGAAUCGCAUACCAUGCUUACCAUGGAUGAAAUUGACAGUACUAAAAAACUUCAAUUUGAUGACUGGGAUGAGCCUACAUGGUUAUCAUCUCAACACACGUUCAAUGAUGUAACUACAGAGUCUCUUUAUACCGACGGGCACCAACAAAGCAUGGAAAAUUUGUCGGAUAUAUCGUUAGAAGAUGAAAUAUUGAAUAGCGCAAACAUAUUCUCUGAUCCAGAAAGUGAGUGGGAAAUGGAAAAGGACUCGGAACAAAUAGAGGUUUCUAAAUCUCCAGACAGUUGGCCGGAAGUAGAUCAACCAUCUACAAGUUUGGUAGAAAAAUAAGCUAGCUUGUUAUCAUACAGUUGUUACUUUAUAAUAUAACUGAAAAAAAUAACUUUUUAAAUGACAUAUAUGCGCUUAAUUAAUCACGAUUUAUAUAGAGUGAAACAUUUAAAUUAAUAUACUUAACAUUUUCAUUGUGCAUAAACGUAUGAAAUAAUAUAAAUUGCUCAGUUUAAAAAGGGAAAAAUUAUUGAUUUUAUUGUUAACAAGUUUUUAUAUCAUAUUAUCUUAAAUAAAAUUGUAAUUUAAGCUCAAAUAUUCUAAAAUAUUUAAUCGUGUGUAUCUAUACACAUUUUCAUUUUACAAAUAUUUUUUAAUGAUAUUCAAAUAUUUAGAAGAACUUUAUCGAAGUUUUUUGUUAUUACUGUUUUGAAAGGUUUUAGCUUUUAUUUUGGUUGCGUUCUGAUAUUACUGCCAAUACUGAAAAUCUAUAGUGAAUGUAAUAGAAAUUAUAGAUUUUUUGUAAUAUUUCAGUAAUAUUGGAAUGCAGUCAUUAUAUUAUUUUAUUGCUUUGAUUGAUAUUUAGAAAUUUAAUUGAAAUAUUGUAUCGUUAUUUUAAACAUAAAAUUUCUUGAAUAAUACACGCGUAUGCCAUAGAGCUAUAUGUACGGCACUAUAACACGUGCUUUUUAUUAAAGUUCAUAUGUGUAAUGAAUGACAGUCAAAAUUAAAUGUUUCACUCUGUAUGUAUUUUUAUAAGAUAUAAUUAAAAUAAAAAUGAAUACCUGUAACCAAAAUUAUUGAAUACGUGCCAACAAUGUUACAUGCAUUUGAGCGUCUGUAGUACGACAUACAACAGUAUUCUAUCGUAAUCCAAGUUGGAUUAACUUACUUGGAUUUGAAAAUUCAACAUUAAUAAAAAGCGCUUACGUGAAUUGAUACAUUUCACAUAAAGAGACUGAUAUAUUGGUGAUUAAAUAGCAUGUCUUAAAAUCAGCGGUAUUUUUGACUCUAGAAAAAAACUCUAGGAAGUUGAUUUUUCUUUAGUAAAAAUAUUGAAACAAAAUGUAAUUUUUGAAUAACGAACAAUUGAAAUUAACGGAUUGACAUAAAUUAAGCUUCAAAA